AUGUCGCUUGCAAUUUUAUUAUUCUUUAUUGCUAUUAUUGUUGCAACCUGUUACUAUCUUCGUCAAUGGUUCUUCUGGAAAAUUCGCGGUGUUCCCGGACCAUUGGGCCUCCCAUUCAUCGGCAAUCAAUGGGACAUGCUGCAGACGCGACCAUCGCCUUAUAUUGAAUUUGUCGCCAAGUGUACCAAGAAAUAUGGAAAAGUGUUCGGCAUUACCGAAGGCCUCACGAAUUUGCUGAUCGUCUCGGAGCCCGACAUGAUCCACGAGAUUUUCAUCAAACAAUAUGACAACUUCUAUGGUAGACGCCUCUAUAAUUUGAUGGCCGAUGUCGAAACGAGUCCGCGAGUUCAUUUGUUUGUGGCGCAAGGCCAUCGAUGGAAGAGACUUCGAGCACUGUCGAGCUCGUCGUUUUCGAACAACAGCCUUCGAAAACUUAAAAAUACCAUCGAAGAUUGUUCGUUGGAAUUAAUGAAGCAUAUCGAUGAUCGAACAUCGAAUGGGCAGCAAAUCGAUGUGCUUGAAUUUUACCAAGAAUUCACAUUGGAUGUGAUCGGCCGAAUUGCGAUGGGCCAACACAAAUCGAAGAUGUUCGAGAAUCCGCUGGUCGAUGAUGUUCGCGGGGUGUUCCAAAACGAUCAAUGCUUCGUCUACCUUCUCGCCGGCGCCUUUCCGAUGCUCGUGCCGAUUCUUCGCGGAAUGUUCAUGAGAUUCCCGAAAUUGUUCGGCGGAACCGCCUAUGUCAAUAUGAUAGUCGCGUGCGAGAAGGCGGUCCGCACUCGAAUCCAUCAAAGAGAAUCGGAUUUGAUGAAUGGCAUCGAGAAUCAAGAGCCCGCCGACUUCAUUGAUAUGUUUUUGGACGCGAGAACCGAUUCACUCGAGCAUGAGAACUCGAAUUUCACAAUUUCUGAAGCCAAGGUGAAUCGAAAAUUGACGGUCAAAGAGAUAGUAGCCCAAUGCAUGAUGUUCCUUAUUGCUGGAUUUGAUACGACGGCACUUUCCCUCUCAUAUACAUCAUUCUUAUUGGCGACACAUCCGGAGAUUCAGAAGAAAGUUCAAGAAGAGAUGAAUCGAGAAUGCCCUGAUCCGGAAGUCACAUUUGAUCAACUAUCAAAAUUGAAAUAUCUCGAUUGUGUCAUUCGCGAGACAUUACGAUUAUAUCCGCUUGGAGCAAUGGCAACUGCUCGAAAAUGUAUGCGAUCUACCGAAGUUUGCGGACUACCAAUUGAAGCGGGAACUGAAAUUCUUGUCGACACUUGGUCAUUGCAUCACGACGCCGACAUUUGGGGCGAUGAUGUCGACGAAUUCAAACCGGAACGGUGGCUUAAUGUCAAUGAUGUUGCGCAUAAAGGCGCCUAUAUUCCAUUCGGCUACGGACCACGACAAUGCAUUGGAAUGCGAUUGGCUUAUAUGGAAGAACGAUUGUUGCUCACGCAUAUUCUUCGCAAGUACUCGUUCACAACGGGACCAAAAACACAAAUUCCGUUGAAAUUGAUUGGUCGUGACACGAUCCAACCAGAAUCUGUCUUUUUGCAUCUAGAAGAGAGACCCUGA